UCCUCUAGGUUUCAGGUGAGGGUUGGUGUCCCUGCCCACCAGUGAAUGAAGCUGUCCAAAAACUCUUCCUUCAGUACGGCCUCCUUCCCUCGUCUUACCUCCCAUCAUGUCUUCCUCCUCUUGCUCCUCUGGGGAGACCAGUCCAGAGGACACACCCCGUGGAGGGGGUACUAUCCGGGUCUACCUCCCCAAUAAGCAACGUACUGUGGUAAAUGUCCGGCCGGGGCAGACUGUUCAUGACAGCUUGGACAAGGCCCUUAAAGUGCGAGGACUGAGUCAGGAGUGCUGUGCUGUGUUUCGUCUCCUUGAAGGUCGGAAGAAAUUAACAGAAUGGAACACAGACAUCACGCCACUGGUUGGGGAGGAGCUACUGGUUGAAGUGCUAGAUGAUGUUCCGCUCACCAUGCACAACUUUGUUAGGAAGACGUUCUUCAAACUGGCAUACUGUGACUUCUGUCACAAGUUCCUCUUCCAUGGCUUCAGAUGUCAGACAUGUGGCUACAAGUUCCACCAGCACUGCAGCAGCAAAGUCCCCACUGUGUGUGUGGACAUGGACACCAUGGCCAAACUAAGUUUGCCCAAUUCUUGCACAGAUGAGUACCCUCAGAUUUCCAUUCUGAUGAUGCCAGACAGCUCAAUAUCCCAGAGUGACAUGGCCUUCACCCCGGAGCCCGCAGGGAUGGGGGGGCUUCUGUCCCCAACCUCGGCAUUCAGAUUCCCCCUGCCAGGUGGAGAGGGGCAGUCUCUUCAGAGGCACCGCUCCACUUCCACCCCCAAUGUACAUAUGGUCAGCACAGUGGGGCCUGCAGGAGCUGGCGUCAUUGAGGAAGCAUUAAAAAUAAACAACACAAUGGUGUUCUCCACAGGCAUGGAGUCCUCACCGAAACCCUCUACAAGCCCCCCAUCCCUUGGCUCUCCUGGAAGGAGGCCCCCCAAGUCCCCCUCUGAACCUAGAGAGCGCAAGCCAUCUUCAUCAGAUGACAAGAAAAAAGUGCACCGAGGUGGCUACAGAGAUUCUAGCUACUACUGGGAGGUGCAAUCGCAUGAGGUUACCAUGCUAAAGAGGAUUGGUUCCGGCUCUUUUGGAACUGUCUACAAGGGCAAGUGGCAUGGGGAUGUUGCAGUCAAGAUCCUUAAAGUGACCGACCCCACACCUGAGCAACUUCAAGCUUUCAAAAAUGAAAUGCAGGUCCUUCGGAAGACACGCCAUGUGAACAUCCUGUUGUUCAUGGGCUUUAUGACCAAGCCCAAUUUCGCCAUCAUCACACAGUGGUGUGAGGGCAGCAGCCUGUACCGCCACCUGCACGUCACUGAAACCAAGUUUGACACCAUGCGACGUAUCGACGUGGCUCGACAAACUGCCCAGGGCAUGGACUACCUCCAUGCUAAGAAUAUAAUACACAGAGACCUGAAAUCCAACAACAUCUUUCUCCAUGAGGGGUGGACUGUGAAAAUUGGGGACUUCGGGCUGGCGACUGUAAAGUCUCGCUGGAGUGGCUCCCAUCAAGUUGAGCAGCCCAGUGGCUCCAUUCUGUGGAUGGCCCCUGAAGUUAUCCGUAUGCAGGACAGCAACCCCUACACCUUCCAGUCUGACGUGUAUGGGUACGGUGUGGUGCUGUUUGAACUGAUGUCUGGGACGCUGCCUUAUGCCAACAUCAACAACCGUGAUCAGAUAAUCUUCAUGGUGGGCCGUGGAUACCUGUCUCCUGACCUCAGUAAGCUGUACCACAACGCUCCAAAAGCAAUCAAGAGAGUCAUCAUUGAUUGCCUGAAGUUCAAACGCGAUGAAAGGCCACUCUUUCCACAGAUUCUGGUGGGCAUUGAACAGGUGCAGGACCUCUUGCCGAAAAUCGAGAGGAGUGCCUCAGAACCCUCAUUGCACCGGGCUGUCAACGCUGAGGACCUGAACCCUCUCCUCUUCCACACAACCCAGCUGCUGCCACUGUGAUGCCAAUUUUCUCAUCCAUUGCUUGUCCAGGGGACCGCCACUGCUGGGGGACAUCUCACACUUCCAUGAGGAACCUCUUGAGGGUGGCUUGUUUCAGUACCUAUUUCCACAAAUUACUCGUAUCCUGGAACUAUGUAGGAGCUACAUCCGAGACACAGCCAUGACAAUGAGUUAAGCACAAUCCUGAUUUGCAGUACAUACCUGCAGACUCAGGAAGAGAUGCUACAGCCUGGAAAAUCUGAAAUUUUACAAACUAAUACCUAAACAAUGACGAAUCGUCUAUAACAAUGACACUCGGAUAUAAGCGACCCCCUUCCCCCCAUCAGCUGUCAGAACUAACAUAACUUGACCCCGAUUUACGUAGGUUACGAUAUAUUUUGAUUGUGAUUAGCUAACAUUAAGAUGGCUGUCAGCUUAAUUGAUAAAAUUUGGUUGAUAGCCCUUCAUGAAUGGUUGGAGUAUGCAGGAGUGAUAUAUUCCAGAUGUUAUCCAGAUAAUUUGACUUACUGUCACUGUAGCUGAUAAAUAAUGGAAAUGUUGAUUUUUUUUCAAUUGACCAUUGUCAAAAUUAUGACAUUAGAAUGUAAAUUACAGAAAAGGGAAAGUAGGUGAAAUAUUUGAGCUAACAGUAGCCGUGAAUUCAGCUUUUACCAGACCAUUUUUCAUCCAACAGUUUGUGUCUCAAAUAUGGUCAAAUGGAUAAAAGGGCUACAAAUGGAGAAAUGAUCAGCAAAGGAGGACAUAUUUCUGGGUCGGUUGUGAUCCUGUAACCGUGAAUGCCUGUAGUGGUACAAUGUUAGGCAAAGAAAUUGUGCUUGCGGGUGAUGAACACUUGCUUUGUAUUGUGCUUCACUUUUCUUCACUGUUCUAUAAUGAGCAAAGACUUGUUUUUAUUGCUCAAGGGUUAUAAAACAUAACUGACAUAUAUUUGUUCCAGAGGUAUAUAUAUGACGUUAAUCUAAAAAAAAAAAAAUAUUAGUUUUAUAAAGGGGCUGGGUACCCCUCUUCUUGAAUUUCUCCUUUCAGUUAAAUCCAGUUAUCAGAAUAAGUUAAUUUGUUUAGGUAUUAGGGAGCUUCCAUUGAAACAGGGUGGUGAGAAUAGAUUUCCCUUUAUUUAUUGAUGAGACUGGCAUGAUACUGCAAAUUCAGUGAAUCUGUUUUUUUUUUUUUCUCUCAUUUUUGGAUUCAUAAAUCCUCAGCACCCACAACGUUUAAGUACUAAACGGUGUGCGCAGCUACAAAAUGUCAGUUCUCUGAUUCUCAGGUGAGAAGGUGUUGACAGAUGUGACAUUUUCUUAAAGAUAUUCAUAUAGACAGAAAAUUACAUUGUGAAUAUUGUAUUCAGCCAGUCACACAGGUAUGUCAGACUUAUUUUGGAGUAUAUAUUUCACAUAAUCCAUUGCAUUGCAACCACCAAAUGCUCAGCAAGGUAUAAACUUGCUUUAAACUCUUAAACUGUAAGAUUUGGAUGUCAUAUUUCAUGGUAAAUGAAACUUAUCAAAGAGCUGUGAAAAUGUGAACGUGAUUGUUGCUCUUGCAGCAUUUUUAUAUCUUGUGCAGGUCAGAAGUUUUGUUGCUUCAUUGCAAAUACCUGUUUAUGAUUAAAUUUGUCCCAGAAAAUAGUACCUUUCAUUACCUAACUGUAGUUGAAUGAUUCUAAAAGCCUGUCACUUUUGUAUGUAUCAAUGAUUUCAUUGUUUACUGGGGUUUUAAAAUGUUUUUGCCUAUUUGGUAGUGGACCAAAUCAAUUGAGAUUUUAAAUCUCUUACUCAAAGCUGACAGCAUUUUCCCUUUUAAUAAAUGACUUCAAGAAUGACUGGAUUAUGCAGGAGUGAUAUACCCCUUGUAAUUCUCCAGAUAACCUAACAGGUUUGUUCAGAGAAAGAUAGAUUUAGUCAGAUCAUGUUGUAAUAAAAAUCAUAUUCAUUAGAUAUUUCAUAAAGGUUAUACAGUACGAUAUCAGAGGUUUCAG